AUGGAACAGGAAAUUCACAGAAUAUGGCUGCUCGUCUCUGAACUCUCGGAGCAAUUGAACCAGAACAACAGAGUGGCAGCUGAUUUACAAGCCCAGAUCCACACACUCAAGGAGCAAGCUGACGCUACCUCCAAAUCAACAAAACUGAGUCGGUAUAACACGGACAUCUCGAAUGAACUCUUCCAUUCGGAGCUCGAGAGGUCAACUGUGGCCCAAAUCAUCGAAAAUCAAGGUCUCUUGCAGGAGAAUCGACAGCUCACCGCGCUCAUGACUGAGUACGAACAAACAUUGGAGACUAUCAUGACCAAGUUUCGACAUUAUACGGCACCGGCAAUAGAGAAAGAGGUCGCACUCCGUCGCCAUUACGAGGGAAUCCUUGCAGCAAGCGAAGACCAACAAUCUACGCAGACAUACAACCUCCACGCUCUUAGCCAAUCGCUCCAGCAACUACAAGUUCUGCUUCAGAUGGCACUGAAGAAUGAGCAAGGGGUCGGCCUCGACUCAUUGGACGAGAUCAGCUCCCUACAGGCCAAUUCAUUGGAGAUUGAACCAGCCAGUGCCACUGCAAUGGAUACAACUUCUAACGAACUGCCGGAGGAGGGCGUCAAUUGGGCAGUCGAACGUGAAGUGGAGAUUGCCCGGCUUGAAAAGGAGAACGAAGAGCUAAGACGGCAGCUAGGCAUACUAGAGGGUCCCGACGACAAGGAAUCCGAGAGGGAAAUGUCACCAUUCUCGUCCCAACGACACAGUCGAGCGUCAUCCACCCCCUUUGGCUCUGGAUUUACAACAUCCUCAAUUCAAAAUUCUCAACCUUCUUCACUUGGACCUAAUCCAUUUUCGCCGGCAUAUCCCGGUGCUCAAGGAUAUAAUCCACCACCGAGCUUCCAACAAGAGCGUAAGUUCAAUCCUCCUCCUCGAGGUGGGCCAAUCGGACCGCCACCCCCUCAGAUUGCCCCACGCAACAAGUUCCCAGAAAGCAAUCUCGGUGGGAGACAACAACCUGCAUUUCCAAACUUUUUUCGGGGGGCCCCGCCCGCGCGAGGAGAUCGACUAGACCUCGCGGGCGGACAACCACCUCUUCUAUAG